UAUAAAGUGGUGAACAUGGGAAUUAUGAUGUGUAGUCAGUCAUUCAUUGAGAUUGAGUCCCAUUUCCCUUAUUAUUCAUUGAAUCCCAUUUCCCAUAUUGGAUAUUUACUUAUAUAUAUACACACUCUGUUACGUUUGGGAUUUAAAUUCCUUACCUUUCUCACGUACACAACAGUCACAGACAACAAAAACACAUUCCAAUUAACCAAUUUAGCUUCUUCACUCUCGCUCUCUCUCUCUCAAACUCUCAACCUCGUACCGUUCUCCGUUGCCCAUUUCUCUCCUUACAUUUGUCAAUCACUUGCUUUCCUUGUUAUGUCAGAAGCUUCAAGGAACACAGUCACCAGAUCGGAAUUAACUCAUAUAGGACCAGAUUACUUUGGUUACUAUACACGCGAAGUAGUAGAACUGUUGUCUCAAGAUGAUGAUAUUCUGCCUUCUGCUUCCCAAACAUCUAGUUUAUCUGGAAGAAAAUGUGGGGAGGUCGUGGGGAACAAUACAAUUGAGUAUAGGAACAAAUUUUCUGGUUCUUUAUUAACUAAUAGCAUAGGAGCUGGACUUUCAGAUUUCAAAAAAGAAGGAUUGAAGGCAUUGCUGCGGCAGGGUAUAUCUAUUCUUUCACCAGAAGUUGAUGAGAUGCUGGAUCCUGUUCUAGCUGUCUGUCGGUUAAAAUCUGAAGUAAGAAGGAGAAAGAGUCCAUUGAGUCAUACGGGUGCCACAUAUGACAGUGAUGCAGGGCAGGUUCCACAUAAGAAACUCAAGACUACAGAAGCCCCUAAGAAGAGUGCUGCUCUGGAGGGGUCUAAGGAGUUUCAUUUGGAAUCAAACAGAGGUUAUGAGGAAGACCACAGAGAGAUGGAUGACUUGCAGUUCUUUCUAGAGAACGAUACCUUGGAGGUUGAGGAUACAGUGAACAAAUUUUCUGAUGAACUCUCUGCAAAAUUAGGCUACAUGGAGCAGCAGCUUGGGGAGCUUCUUGGUGCUAUAAUGUCCACAUGCAGUGGCAUUUGACUACAAGUUAAAUACCUUUUUGAAAUGUAUGGCCUAAAGGGAUAUAAUGUGCUUUUGAGAGUUGAGAAUUAGACUAGAGAGAACAAUGUACUGUUCUGGGAUGUGGAUGGUUUUGUAAUAACAGUAUAACACCCUCUAAUCCCGUUAUGUACCUAGAAAGACAUUGAGUUCAGUAGAACAAAUUUAGAUGGCCAUGUGUGUGCUUCAAUGCUUAGUAAUAUAUGUAUACUUUCCUUCUUUUUGACAAGUAAUAUUGAGGCUUCAUAUGUCCCUAAAAAAAAAGUUGAUACAUUAGAAAGCUACUGGAUUUCCAACAAGCCCUGCUAGGGAAAUGGUUGUGGCACUUCAGGGUGGAGAGGCAUUCCCUUUGGGGAAGAGUGAUAGAAACCAAAUAUGGGACCUUUCGGAGUGGAUGUUGCACAGAAAAUGCGGAGGGGUCAUAUGGUGUGAGUUUAUGGAAAUACAUAUGCUAAGGUUGGUUAAAGUUUGAGGAUUUUAUAAGAUACAAGGUGGGACAAGCACAAAGAUCUUAUUUUUGGUAAUGACUGUUAGUGGAGCGAUGAGGGUUUCAAGAUCCGGUACUCUGGAAGUUUUUCUUGAUUGCAAGGAAUAAAGAUGCAAAGGUGGCUGACUAUUUGGAGAUGUCAAGGAGUAUUCACUGGAAUGUUUCUUUCACUCAAGCAGUCCAAGAUUGGGGGUUGGUAUCCAAUAUCCAUGGAUCCUUUCUUGGAGUAUUUGUAUGCUACUAAGGGGGAUAUAGCCAUAUAGGAUGAUUUGGAUUCUCUUGAAAGCUCAUAGUUCUAACGUAAGUAGUUGUUAUAAGCCUUUGAGAAAUGGGGGGACUAGCAUUUCCCUUGGAGAACUUUUUGGCUCUUUAAAAAGUGUAAAAUUUUAACAAUGAAUAAUUUAAGGAAAGGGGUAUCAUUAUUAUAAAUUGGUGUUGUAUAUGUAAAUAUUUGAGGAAAGGGGUAUCAUUAUUAUGAAUUGGUGUUGUAUAUGUAAAUAUUUGAGGAAAGGGGUAUCAUUAUUAUGAAUUGGUGUUGUAUGCGUAAGUUUGACGGGGAGACUUUAGGUCACCUCUGAUGCAGGACAGACCAAAAUGAUGCAACACUGAAAUUAAGAAAAAUAAAUAAAUAAAGGAUAGGUAACAUAGAAGUCAGCACCAAGCAAAAGAGAACAGCUCGGAGACAGCACAUUAAUCAUUAGAAGAAUUUCAAGAGAAAUUUUAUUCAUCGUCAAAAUAAUCAGUCUCCAUAAGAGUACAAGAUUAUGCUUAUAUAGACUACUAAACCCUAAUUCUAUGACUUUUAGGAAACCAAAUUUGAAAUGACCUGGGAAAUCCCAAUUAUCCAAGUCCAAAAACAAAAAUAGCCUUAACUCUGGGACAUUGAAUACAAAUACUAAUAAACCUAAUGAAGUGCUAAUACCUAAAAUAAAAUUCAAUUUCCUCCAAUAUUAAAUAAAAUACUAAAUUAAAA